AUGGUGGAUUCUAUUGUAUCAUUUGGCUCAAACUUACCAAACGACUUCGAAGAACCUACCUCAACUAAUUACGUCCAUAUCAGAAUACAACAAAGAAACAACAGAAAGUGUCUGACUUUAAUUGAAGGAAUGCCUGCAGAUAUUGAUCUCAAAAAGGUAUUGAGAUAUUUCAAGAAGACCUUUUCUUGCAAUGGCACCAUAGUGAAUAACGAAGAAAACGAUGAGAAGAUUAUACAGUUAACAGGAGAUAAUAGAAGCCAAGUUGCAGAGUUUUUAAAGGAAGAAUGCAUAGUCCCAGAAGACUGCAUCAAGAUCCAUGGGCAUUAA